ACAGUUUCCCACCCUCCUAUCGGGCCAGCUGAUAUAGCACUGCAAUUGCAAGGUUCUCUGUUUCAAUUCCACGGCUCUUCACGAUGACUUCGGGAACCAACUUCCACGGCAAGAUAGCCAUGGUCACAGGAGGAGGCAGCGGCAUAGGCCGAGCAGUGUGCCGGAUCCUCGCCCGCGAUGGCGCCAGAGUGAGUGUGUGUGACGCCAAUCUGCCGUCUGCUUCAGAGACCGUAGUCUCUCUUGAACCCCCAGGAGCCCAUGUUGCCUUACGCAUGGACGUGACUGACAAGGACUCUGUACGCGCGGCGCUCAGUGCCACUCAGGAGAAGCUCAAAGGCACUCCGACCUUGCUAGUUAACAGUGCCGGCAUCGUUCAACGUUCUUGCUUCCUGGAGAUGGCAGAAGAAACGUUUAUGGAGCUCGUCCACGUUAAUCUUAAGGGUACGUUCCUCGUCAGCCAAGCAGUCUGCAACGCCAUGCUAGACCGCGAUGUGGCAAAAGAAGGGGCUGUGGUGAACAUAGCAAGUCUGGCAGGAAAAAAUGGCCUGGCUAUGAAGUCGGGGUAUGCGGCCACCAAAGGAGCUGUCAUGGCCUUCACGAAGUCGUGUGCCAAGGAACUCGCGAAGACAGGUAUUAGGGUGAACUGCGUGCUGCCCGGUGCCAUCAGAACGCCUAUGCUAGCUCUUAGUCCUGAGGACCGUGUGAAGGAGGGGCUGAAGGCAAAUCCCCUAGGACGUGCUGGGGAACCGGAGGAGGUUGCUGAGGUCAUCGCGUUUCUUCUCUCGGGAAAAAGCAGUUACAUGUUAGGCACUGAUGUCGAAGUGACGGGAGGCCACGGUUUUUGAUUAUCUAUAUUUCUUCUUUUUCUCCUUUUCUUCUUCUUCUUUUCUAUUCGCUUUCUUAAAUUUCUUCUUUAUCCUCUCCUUUUACGUGUGUAUUUUCCUGACUUUUUCUUUUUAAUUCGGAAGGUGAAGGCUUUUCCUCCAUCAAUCUAUGCCCCGUAUUCUGAAAUUUGUAUAUUUCAAACUUUUUCUUACUGUAUGUUGCAAAAUAUGAAGAAAUACAUUAAUCAAAGCCGA